UUGUAUUAACACUUUUUCUAUGGAAUAGUUCACAAUCCUUUGUUUUUGCAAUUCCAGUUCUGUUUUUUUUUUUUUCUCUGAUGCACAAAUAACCAAUUGGGAGCUAAAAAUCUAAAUAAAUCUGUAUCUGAGGGUAUUCCAACACCAACCAUUAGCUGUUUGCAAACAGGGAAGGGAAAAGACCAUUGAAUUUGCCUAAUAAGUGAGAGGGCUGGCUGUUAGCAUCUUCCUGACUUUCAUGAGAAAAGAAGGAGGAGAACUGGUUUGGAGGCUGCGUCUGUCCUGCCACACUACCUCAUUGGACUGGACACACACAUACAGCAGCACAGCAAGAGCGCCUCACAGUACACUCAGAGUGAUGUUUCAGAGAUCAAUGCCCUCGGCGGCCCUAGCUGCCACCCUUAUUCUGGUUUUGGGGUGUAACACCCCUACAGUACAGGGGGACACCUGUCCUAAGGAAGAUUUGAAAUUUGGGGGCACAUGUUACAAGUUUGUCAAGGAGCCCAUGUCCUGGACACAAGCCCAGAAGUUUUGUAUCAGCAAAGGAGAGAAUCUGUUCCACUAUACUGAUGGGGAGACAAAGGAGUUCCUUAGUCAACAUCUGGGCCAAGACCAGGCAUGGUGGGUCGGGCAGGACCUGUCAGAUGGGGAGAAUUUGAAAAUGAAACCAACCGGAGUUGUCCCUUCAGCCUCUGACAGCGACUCCUUCUGCACCUACGUCAUCCUCAACCCCACUUUCCAGUCAGUGACCACAUCCAGAUGCAAUCUGAGGCUCUACUUUGUCUGCCAGAAAGAAUAUGAGGUAGCAAUCCGGAAGAAGCGUGACAAUAAUGCUACACAGACAUCGAAUUCUGAUACAAGUCGAUUCCUGAGAGCUCUGAACAUAACCAUGGAGAACAUGAGGAAACCAAACUUCAGCAUCCUCGCAAUUGUCCAGGAAGAUAUGUUGGAGUUGGCUGAGAAUUUUUUGAACGUGGCAGAAAAGGAAGUUGAACAAGCUUCAUUUACUUACAAGCUCCAGUACAUGAACAUCUUGUUGAAGAGCUCUGCCAUGCUCCUUUCCGGAGAGGUCAUCUCUGAUUCAGUCCUAAACAAGACGACUGAAUUUAUCAUCAAAGGAGCCAAUUCAAUCCUAGUAUCCUCCAGAUCUGUCUGCCCUAAACCAAAUGUCACCUCUAAAGAGAUUGAAAUACUUUCAGAUCUGUAUAUGAAGAUCAUUGAUAAUAUCGAUCUGGCAAAACUGAAUGCAAUUAAGUCUAGGGAUCCUCCCUUCAUCACCAACACUGCAUUCUUCAGCUCCUACAUCUCCAGUGAAAUAUUACAGGAGCUGGGCAGCAAGAAAGUGUUUAUCAGUAACAGACAUGCAAGCUUUAUUUUGCCUGAUGCUGACACCCUGAAGGAAAAAAUAAAGACGCUCCAGGAAAUCAAAAUACAGAUGACGAGCUUUAAUCAGAACCCCUUCACCUGGCCAUCAAAGGAGAACAUCACAGGUACUGUGGCCAGCCUGUCAAUGAAUUCUGGUGGACAACAGAUCGCCCUGCGCAACCUUACAAACUAUAUUGAGAUUAUCCUUCCCCGUCCAGAGAUUCGAACCCCCCCCUCAAAAUUUCUUAGCACCCCCGGGAACCCUAUCAUCAUCACCUUAAACAUCACCAAGCCCAGUGAUACAGUCAUUCUCACUGUGGAGCCCAGCAAAACCAUCGUCCUGCAGAUGCACCUGGCACGAGGGUUCAAACCCACCUCCACAAAGUACCACUUCACCACCAACCUGUCAUUUAAAAAUCCAGCUGAUUAUCGCUGGUUGCUGACUCCAGAGAUGCUGAAUUUAGGAAUGGGAACCUGGUACCUCAAGGUCACUCCAAUUAAUUACAUGGACAAGGAAAACCUAACCAUCAGGGUGAUGUCCUUCACCUCUCGUUGUUUGUUCUGGAAUCCAGGCAGCCUGGACUGGAGCGAAGAUGGCUGUAAGGUUGGCAUACUCUCUCAGCCCAGGGAGAUGCAUUGCCUGUGCAACCACCUGACUUUCUUCGGGAGCUCGUACUUCGUCAUGCCCAACACGGUGGACCUGUCGCGCACGGCCGAGUAUUUCUCCACGAUCAAUCAGAAUUAUGUGGUGGUGUUGCUGGUCUCUGCCUUCUACGCCCUCUACCUUGUCACGGUGGCCUGGGCCUGGUGGGAGGACAGGAAGGCGGUCAAGAAGAGGAACCUGACCCUUCUGACUGACAAAAACCCCUGCGCUCAGUACCGCUACCUGCUGACUGUGUACACAGGGCAUCGGCGUGGAGCUGGCACCUCUGCCAAGGUGGUGGUGACUCUGAUUGGCUCAGAGGGAGAGAGUGACCCCCACCACCUGAUUGACCCUGAGAAGCCAGUCUUCGAGAGAGGGGGGGUGGACAUGUUUCUUCUGACCACACCCUUCUCACUGGGGGAGCUGCAGACAGUGCGGUUGUGCCACGACAACUCGGGGGACUGUCCUGCCUGGUACGUGGUCAAGGUGGUGGUUAAGAACCUGCAGACGACACAGCACUGGCACUUCCUUUGUAAUUCCUGGAUCGGCCAAGGGAAGGGUACCGGAGAACUGCAGAGAACCUUUACUCCCGCGCAAAAUAAUGAAAUUACCAGCUUCAGGAACAUAUUCCAUAGCAAGACGACGAGUGGGUUCAAAGAUGAGCACAUCUGGAUUUCGGUUCUAGACCCACCCCAUCGCAGCCCUUUCACCCGGGUCCAGAGGGUCUCAUGCUGCAUGUCCCUCCUGCUCUGUACCAUGGCUGUCAACAUCAUGUUCUGGAAUUUACCUGUCGACCCCAACUCCCCUGUUGUCUUCCAGUUUACUAGCGCAUUGGUGUUCACCAGCCAAGAAAUAAUGAUUGGAGUUGAAAGCGCGCUUCUCAUGUUUCCCAUAAACAUCCUCAUCAUCACCAUCUUCCGCAGUAUCCAGCCAAGGAAUCCCAGUUCCAAGGAAGGCAAAGACCUUCCGAAGAAGAGCCCAUGCCCACAGACACCGUCCGAGGCCUUUGAAACUCUCCUUAUGGACACAAAGACGCUAGUGGAUGUUCUCAGUAAAAAUAAAAAGAACAAUGUGCCACCGCUGGAUGGGGAUCUUACUUCAGGGACUGACUUCAACAGGGCCCUGGACCUCGUCGAAAUAUUUAUCCUGCAGCUACAAGGAGAACAGAACCCUAGUGACCCACACUGGAUCCAUGCUAGUCGAUAUGUGUGCCUCAGUCUGCUGCAUGUGUCUGAGGGUCUGGAAAAGGUGGGGCCAGAAUUUUUCCCAUCCCUUGAGGCCUACGAUUAUUCUGCAAACAGUGUCAAACAGAUGGUGCAAUACCUGGACCAGGUGUGCACCAAGCAAGCCCCAGAGAGGCCCCUGCCCCCACCCAGCUCAAAGAAGAAGAAAGGCAAAAGAUGCAGUCUGCCCUGGUGGUUCGUGUUUAUAGGGUGGUUCAUGCUGGUUUCCAUUAGCGUCAUCUCCACCUUCUUCACCAUGCUGUACGGCUUGAAAUAUGGGAAAGAGUCCUCCAUCAAAUGGGUGCUCUCCAUGGGGCUCUCGCUGUUUCAAAGCAUCUUCGUUCUGCAGCCGCUGAAGGUUUUGGGCGUGGCGAUUUUCUUUGCUCUUAUCCUGAGGCGAAUGGAUGACGAGGAAAGUGAAGAGGUGGAGAAAAUUCUCUCAGAUCAAAACUGUUCCUGGGAGCAAGUGAAAAGAAGAGUGUAUUCUGGGGACAAAGGACCAUAGGAAGACGUCAGUGUCUUGCUUUGCAGAUCUCAUUAUAACUAGCAGUCUUUUUCAUAAAGUCUACUGGUGAACCUUGUUGCCAUUUUCCAUAUAUUUACUAUGUCUCCUGUAAAAUCCUGAGUUUUUAAAGACUGAAAUAUUAUGCAAUAUCCACCAAACAUAUGAACCUGUACAGGUCCAGGGGUUAAGAAACAUAAAUAAAAUGGCUAAUAAAUAUGACUUUUUUUUUUGCAUUU